UACAGGUGUAUAUAAGAGAAAGUGUGAAGAAAAGGGAGGUAAACGACAACGUCAACAUUUGGUGAAGGAUUCUUGUUUGUUGUCGAUAAUUUGGUGAGAAUCUGGAGAAAGAAGACCUUUAAUUAUCAGGAUACCCAGCAGAGACGUUCUUUUCUUCUGUGUGCCUUAGAGAGACUUCGUUGUCUCUUGUUUGUCAGAGAUAGACUUUGUUUCUUUCUGUGUGUGGGUGUCUGGUUGUCCCUCUUGUAUAUAGAGAGAUUUGGUAGUGCCAAAUCCACUUUUAAGCGAAGAUGCCCAAGAAAAAGAAGAAAGAUAACGAACAACAGUCUAGCAGGAAAAUUUCUUUCGAUCAUAGUUCUUUCCAGAACUUAUUUUCACCUGUGACCAGUCCAGUGGCAGUCAAAGCGAGCCAGGGCAAUCUGACUGGCAGUGAAAGAGUUACCAAAGACAGUGCUGCUGAUAUCUACAAUGCCAUCUUGAAGUGGAACAACCUCAACCUGAGUGGGGCAGCCAUCAUGAGCAAAAUAGCCAAUUGCAAACUACAGGCCAUGGAAAAGGUGAUCCAUAAACUGGAAGCCAUGUGUGACGUCUACCGAGGUUUAUUUAAUCUGGAGGAACACCGACACCAGGCUGGUGAUGUUACUGAAACGGUACCAUUCCAGUCUUGGACUUACAAAGAUUUUGAAGUGACAUCCGCAAAAAUUGUUGAGGCUUACCAAAAGGAGUUUGAACUGAAGCAACGUUUGGUUGAAGUCAUCGCACACGUUCCUGAUCGCAAUCUGUUAAUGUUUUGUACGGCUGGCUGGCUGCAUGAACCGUACGUUAGUGGAGAGACACAGCUUCUACUCGAAGCCCUUGUCACAGAAACGGGUCUGAAAUGACCCCUCACCGUCCACUUGUAGGGUUUAACUUUAUUUAGGAACUAAAUUUCUUCAUUUUUUUCCUUCUUCCA